GAUAACACUACAAACUUCCUUGUUACUGAGAGCUCUUCAGUGAAAACGAAUCUGUGAGAAAAUGAAGGAUCAACAGCUUCUACUUUCGGUAUUUAUUGCUUUAUUGUCGUGUGACGAAGGACGGUCAACAGUGAAUUUGACAUUAUACCGACAAGAAAUGUCAUGGAAAAAUGCUUCUAACUUCUGCUCACAACACAAUGGAGUCCUUGAAAGUAAUACAACGGUAGUGAUAGACCAAUUUGAGAUAGAAGGAAAUGGUAUUCAAAAUGUAUGGUUUGGUAAAUACGAGGCAUAUUCCCAAUGGGCCUAUAUACGAGGUUGUUUCUUUAUCAAUGGAAAUGUCAAACACUUUGCUGUAUGGCAGUUGGAGGAGCUCGACUGCCAAAAAAUGUGCGAAAAAUAUAAAUUUUAUACAAUUAAGGGAACCGAUUGUUACUGCUUGCAUGGUAUAUCGUCGUUUGAAAAAAGCAAUCAUUGUUAUUGUACGGAUUGUUUUAAAGUUUGGGAACAUCAACUGCAAGAAUUUGAUACAGGAGAGUAUGACAACCCACCUGAAUGUAUUGCGGUAACUAAUUGUCUCUUUGGUACUCUCCGUCGACGUUAUGAUCCAUGUGAACUCAACCAUAAUGUAACGUGUGAUAACAACUUUAACCUUGGAUUUUCAUCAGACAAUCACCACGACGCAUCUAUAAAAUGCGAAAGACAAGGUUCCUUCAUAAAGUGGUUUCCAGAGAAUUUUUGUACUUCUGAUAGAUUAAAUCAUCCCUUUUGGACAAGUGAAAGACGUCAGAAACAUAUUUCUAUCAACGAAAAUCUUAUGACAUAGAUAAUGUUCAACUUAUUAAGUGUUACAAAAUACAUCGUGAUGGUGAUCAAUUAAAAGAGGAAAAUGAAGAUGUCGAACACUGUGAUGACAAUUAUCCGUUUGUAUGCAGGUUUGCCAGAAGCCUUCCCAAACCUGUCGCUGGGCAUCACUUCAGUGAAUGAUCUGUUCAAUCACUAGGAUUUUCAUGCGGUUAAAGUCAUCAAGUUUAUGACCCGACUGUCUGGAAUGCUAACAAACCGAAGAAUUGGCUUCUUAGAGAUAUCACUCCUAUGUUUGUGGAAAGGCUGCUUUGACUCACCAACAUAUUGGAGGCAACAAACCGAACAUUCUAGAAUGUAAAUAACAUUCAUACUUUUGCAGGUUACAUUGCAAAAUAUCCUAUAGUUAUUUUCGGUUGCCUUACUGUGAAAAGUUGAUGAGUGAUGCAUCUGUAGGCAGCAGUUGCAGCGUUUUUCAUCACACGAACGACAUUCUCCAGAAGUACUUCUCUGAUCAGACACUUCAGCCCGCACCAGCAGGUUCCGCAGAUUGGGUUGCCUAAAAGCUAUUAUGGGGGCUCGGGAAAAAUUUUGGAUAAUUUGGAAUUCUUUUCAACUGUUUUUCAAUGCUCACGAAUGACACCGAAGCUGUUUUUGAGAGAUGGAUGGUAAGUAAGAACGCAUGGAGUCUUUUUUUUUUUUUUAUCUUUGUAUUCUAACAGUUUACUCCUUGGAAUAGUUUCCGCUUUCUGAAAACUUUUUGAAUAGUUCUGUGUUUAAAGUCCUUCUCUUCAAGCGGGUUUCGAGUUGACUCAUUCGUUUUUUUAGUUAUUUCUGAGUUGGAACAUAUUCGCUGGACUCUGAGUGUCUGACUGUACGGGAUGCUCUUUGUACAAUGAUCAGGAUGGCAACAUUUAUGGGACAGGUAUUGGUGAGUAUCAGUAGACAUAAAAUAUAGGUCUGUGGAUAUAAUGCUAUCUGUAAGAGAGCUGGAAGUAUCGAGGAAGGUGAUUUUGGAUUUAGAUCUCUCAUGAGUAAAUUUGAUACUUUGAUGUAUGUUGUUGGAAUGAGUGAUGAACGUAUCUAAAUCCUCGUCACUUUUAUUCCAUUUCAUAUCCACAUCAUCUAUAAAUCUAUACCAGAAAAGCGGUUUUUUGA